GUUCAUGCAGGCCCGUGAGGUGGGGUGUCGGGUUAACUACACUCGCACAGUGGGGGUGUUCCAGACGACAGACUACGGACUGAAGACGGCACACUGCUUUGGUAUUGUUCACUCAGCUGUCAGCCAUUCGACGAAUUCGAGAAAGAGGUCGGUCUCUGUUUAUUGGACGGCACCAACUAUUAGCUCUGGCCACGUGGUCAUCCGAACGACCGUUGUUAAGGACAGUCACAUCUUCUGGACACACGUGGAUUCCGAGGUGAUGGUGGAUCUGGAAUCAAUGGACACUCCCAGAUGUUUGUCGUCUGCUAUCAGCCCCGUACCGGACGUGGAGCGCGCCAACUCGCCGUACGACACGGAGCAGGUUGCUCAGGGCCCAGUGACGUCAGCGACAACGUCGAAUCCGUCCAGUCACAUGAUGCUGUCGUUUCUGUUCGUUGUUUUUGUCAUUGCUAGUACAUGAA